UGGCGUUGUUUGACUUUUGCUGUUUUCUUCACUUUAUCCCAGGCAAAGUUCCUCACACAAGAUCAGAUCAAUGACUUUAAGGAGUGCUUCUCCCUGUAUGACCGCCAGAGGAAUGGCAGAAUCCAGGCCUCAGACCUGAUGUUGGUCAUGAGGUGUUUGGGCUCCAGUCCCACCCCCAAUGAAGUACACCGCCACCUGCUGAUCCACAACAUAGAGCACGGAGGAGAGCUGGACUUCUCCACCUUCCUCACUGUCAUGCACCGGCAGCUCCAGCAGGAGGCGCCAGAGGAGGAGAUCCUGGAGGCGCUGAGGAUGGCCGACAAAGAGCAGAAGGGCUACAUCCUGGUGUCGGAGCUGAGGGCCAAGCUCACCUGUCUGGGGGAGAGGCUGACAGACAGGGAGGUGGACGACCUGCUGAAGGAGGCAGGAGUGGGGGCAGAUGGGAGAGUUUACUGUGAGCAGUUUGCCAAAGCUGUGGCUCGAUCCUGCUCCAAGAGAUGA